AUGGCGUUUCCUCAACCUAAUGCUCAAAGAGAGUUGACCAAUCGAAAAAUAUUAGAGGAGCUUCAAUUGAAGAAACAAAUGUUAUUAAAACAGGGUGUCGUUGCUCCAUUGACAGCUACUACUAUUCCUCUUACUCAACCGAGCCCUGUUAAUCAAUUGCCUAUGUGCUCUAUUCCACCAGUUUCUGCUACAGCUGGAUUCCCCCAAUUACCUGAAGCAAAUAUUGUAAACACAAGCCAUAGAGCAGCUCUACAACACGCAAACGCUACUUCUUGUGGUUUCUUUGUAUCACAAGACUCUUCAUUUGGUAACCAGAUUUUACCUGUGCUACCUAGAUUUGAUACCAAGUAA